GGUAACUAGCACCUCCCGCCCUCUCUCUAGUAAUAGUCUGCUCCCAGCUCUGAUAAACAGACAUUGUCUCCUAGUCACACGGGUUAUAGAUCUGUCGCCUUCAGCAAGAUCAUGGAGAUGAACGAUCAAAACUCCAAACCUGCGUCUGACUAUCCCAAUCCAGGUCCUGGAUAUCCUCCUGCAAACUACCCCGCCCCUGGUUAUCCUACCCCUGGGGUUCCAGCUCCAGAUCAAAACUCCAAACCUGCAUCUGAAUAUCCGAAUCCAGGCCCUGGCUACCCUGCCCCUGGCUACCCUGCCCCUGGCUACCCUGCCCCUGGUUAUCCUGCCCCUGGUUAUCCUGCCCCUGGCUAUCCUGCCCCAGGUACGCAGCAACCCUAUGGAUAUCAACCCCCACCUGGAGCUUACCAAGGUCCACCUGGAGCUUAUGGCCCACCCGGUGGCGCGUACGGCCCACCCGGUGGCGCAUACGGCCCACCUGUCCAGAAUCAACCAGGUGUUCCUGCUUCUGCAUGGAUGCCGGCACCUCCUGCUAUUCCAAACUGUCCACCGGGACUGGAGUACCUAAGCCAGAUUGAUCAGGUUCUGGUUCAUCAGCAAGUGGAGCUGUUAGAAGCCUUCACUGGAUUUGAAACUAAUAAUAAGUAUGAAAUAAAAAACUCACUGGGUCAGAGAGUGUAUUUUGCUGCAGAAGAAAAUGAUUGCUGCACUCGCAACUGCUGUGGAGCUGCCCGGUCCUUUGCCAUGACUAUUGUUGACAACAUGGGUCGUGAAGUAAUAAAAUUAGUCAGACCAUACAGAUGUUCCUCCUGCUGUUUUCCUUGUUGCUUACAGAAACUUGAAGUACAGGCACCACCAGGAGUCAUAGCUGGUUAUGUCAAACAAAAUUGGCAUCCUUGUCUUCCAAAAUUUUCCAUCCUAAAUGAAAACGAAGAAGAGAUCUUCAAAAUCAAGGGGCCAUGCAUUCCAUGUAGUUGUUUCUCAGAUGUUAAUUUUGAGUUGACAUCGCUUGAUGGUUCCUCUCAAGUUGGACGAAUUUCUAAGCAGUGGACUGGUCUUGUGAAAGAAACCUUUACAGAUGCUGACAACUUCGGAGUUCAGUUUCCAAUGGAUCUUGAUGUGAAAAUGAAAGCCGUUGUGCUUGGUGCAUGUUUCCUUAUUGAUUUCAUGUUUUUUGAACAUACUGGAGAAAAACACUAAAUUCGCUGAUUUAUUUACAGAAGUUUCCAUGAAUCUUACGUGUUCCAAGAAGCUGUUUUGUUGAAAUUUCUAUCAAACAUUUAUAUUUUACAAGUUUUAAAUACAAUCCUUUUUUUUUUUUUUUUUUUUUUAUAUAUAUAACUUUUUAAUGUUUUUAAAGCAUCAAGAUAAUCCGGUUAAAUUGUCAAAUAAGCAUUUACUAGUCACAGAACAUUAAUCUUUGUACAAUAUUUUUAUUUAUUUUUUUAAUCUUACAGUUUUUACUGUUAACCCUUUUUUUUAUUUGUAUCAUUUAAAUCUAGCCUUGUCAAAUGUCAAUCAUCAUGUAACUUAGCACCUUAAGGUACAGUGUGAAAAUGUUUCUAAAUAGAUCCUAUGUAGUGUAGUGCCUCUCAGCAGCUAAUGUAAUACAAGACAAUACUUUGCAAUGCUAAGGCUGCUUAUUUUAAAGUAGCUUAAUUAGUUAAUUAUAGUUAUUACACUUUUAAUAAUCUAUAACUAGAAAAAAUUGUACUUAAAACCUAACAUUUCAAGGCCUAAACCUUCUUACUGUGCCUGCUAUCAGAUGCUCAGUUAAUUUAGGUAAAACCAAUCUACCUCUUCAAACUGGAGAACUUCACUACAGGAAUGAGGUAUCUGUUGUGCUCAUUUAUAUCCAAGUUGAAUAUUUUUUUAUUUAUUUUUUUCUACACCAGAAUUCUUUUCUAAAUAGUUUAUUUGGUCAGUUAUCAUGUUUCACAAAUUACCUACCUAUUGCCUAUUCUAUAAAAAUCAAAAAAGUCUUCCUUUUUUUUUUCUUUUUUCUAACAAGCUAUGACUUAUUCUAAAAUAAGCAUAAAGGAAAUUCCCUGCAUGUAAAAUGUAUAUGUAAAAUUAAUGGCCACACUUAUUGAAGUGAAAUUAGGUGCCUUGAUAAACGUGGCCCUUGUUUAAUCUGUAGACUGUGCCUCUAUACAUGCAAUUAGUGCUAGGCAAUGCUUGUAUGCAUAUUGUAAAAUAUAGUAUGUGAUGGAUAUAUAGAUAUAUACUAGACUGCUUAAACACAUAUUGAGUGCAUUUCAUUACAUUUGUGCAAUCUUGGAGAUUGGGCUUCUGCAUUCCAAAUCUAUGAUUCUGGGCAUUAUAUUAAAAUGUAUGCACUAUAGUUAGGUUUUGUUGUGGUCACAUGUGCCAUUUCUUUUGAGAUGUUAAUGUUGUACAGUACAUCUACCAAGAAAUAUAUUUUAACAUCCAGGAAUCAGGCACACUUAGUCAAAAUCUAUGGACGUAUAAGGAGGGCAGCAAUUUGGAUAGGCCGGUUUUCCUUAUAAAAGCAUUAAAUUGUCCUGUGUGCAUGCCUACACAACAUGGAGCACAGUUUGGAAAAUUCUAAAUACAUAGUGUGUAUGUUCAAGUACAAUGCAUAGUUGCUGGGUAUUUUUGCUUAAAAUAGUUAUGGGAGACACUUGCCACUAAUCAGAUAAACACUAUAAAACAUUUUUAUUUUCAUAUUCAUCUUUGUAAAUAUCAGUGUGUUUAAAGGCUUUUUUUCUAUCUUUUUGUGCAGGAAGUUAAAUUUGUAAACUAUUAACUACUCGUAAAGUGCCUAAUUACAAAUGUCAGCCCUUCUGUGAUUCAGAUUGAGAUUUAACAACUGUUGGAAUGUCUGUAUCAUAUAUAUUAAUAUGUAUACAUAAAUACACAUGUUGAAAUGUACUUCAUGUGUGCUUGUUACUUUUUUGUAUAAAAUGUUAGGAAAAUAAAUACACAAUUUUUA